AUGAAUCAACAUUCUCUCGACAAACAUCAUGUUCAUCAAGCCAUCCAAGCAGUCGCCAGACCUGCACCCGCCGAGCCUCCUUCGUCCGCACGUACGCGUGUCGACCCUCUCAAUUACCGCGGCAUCACAUACUCUAGGAUUUCUGAUGUGGGACGGGAUGACCUUCUUCGUCGACUCGCGGGUCUCUGUCACUCAGAGCAGCGCCUUGUCAAGGAAGGCCAUCGUAUGCCACCCACGACCUAUCUUCCCUGCCCCGACACGGACUCGUCUAAGCCAAAGUUUGCGGCUAUCGUUCUGGACUGCGAAAUGGCCGGUACCGUCGAAGGGCAAAAUGAGCUCAUCCAUUUAACCUUGGUUGAUUUCGUGUCGGGUGACGUGCUGCAAAACUGCCUGGUCAACCCCUCAAAGCCAAUCAGAAACUGGCGGGAAGACAUCACUGGCAUCAGCGCCGCAGGUAUGCAGCAAGCUGUCGCGAAGAACGAGGCCUUGCACGGCUGGAAGGCUGCUCGAGAUGAGCUCUGGCGGUUCGCCGACGAAGAAACCAUCCUCAUCGGACAGUCGAUCCAUCAUGAUCUUAAAGCACUGCACACCUACCAUUCCAGAAUCGUCGACUCGGCUAUCAUCACUGCCGAUGCUGUACUGCGGAGUGGGUCUAGGAUACGGAAGAGAUGGGGUUUAGAGACCCUCUGUCGCGAGCUGCUGGGCAUCCAGAUCCGUCAAUCUUCUCAAACAGGCGACGGUCUAGCCCACGACGCGCUGGAAGAUGCGCUUGCGGCGAGGGAGCUGAUCGUCUUGUGUACUCUCAAACCAGAACGGCUGGAGAUCUGGGCUUGCGCGGCGAGGAAGGCUUUUUUUGAGAAGAGUGACAGCAAGUCCAAGAAACUUCGGGCAGGCAGCAAUCAACGCAAGAGGGUUUCUCAGCAAAAGGCCAGGGAGCAGGAGGACAUUGAUGAGAUGCUGACAUGGGAAGAUGUGGUAGACUAUGAGAUAUGGCCGAAGUCGCCUCCGGACUCAGACUAG